AGCGCGGGACGCCCGCGCCCUGCCUCCCGCUCCAGCGUAUUUAACCGGCAGAAUCCUGCCUGGAGCCACAUCUCUGCUCGGGGAGGGACGCGCCGGCUCGGGGAAGAUGAGCUGCGGCAGGUACCCGGUGGAUGUGAAGGCUGUAGGCUUGAUGCAAUGCAGAAAGCAGAAGAACUACAUGAUAUUAGUGUCUUGGUCAGAUCAGAACAACAUCCUCAUCUACAGGACAUUUGAAAACUUUAAGACAUUCCAUAAAGAGCUGAAGAGAAAAUUCCCCAUCGAGAGUGGCUCACUGAGGAGAUCUGACCGGACAAUACCCAGGUUUAAAGAUGCAAAUGUGAAGCAGAGGAAGAGCAGGAAGCUGAACCGGUGCCUGGAGAUACUGAAACUGCUGGAAACUUACUCCCAGGAGCUGCUGAAAACAGAUGCUAAAAUCUCCCAGGGUGAAGACGUGAUUCAGUUUUUCAAGGCACAGACCCAAGACCUAGAUCCCUCCUUUCCUGAAAACAGUGUUGUGAUAAUGCCAUCAGAAAUCGGAGGGGAAAAGAAAAACCAGCCACGGCAGCAGCUCUCCUCUAUUACACAUCCCCAGGCAUCCCAGAGCUACAGAUGCAUCGAAACCUUUGAAACCAAAGACGCAAAGAACGAGACUUUCAAAGUCGCUAAGAGGGAAAUUGUUGAAGUGUUAAUCAAAGACAUGACUGGAUGGUGGCUAGUGGAAAAUGCAGACAAGCAGAUAGCCUGGUUCCCAGCCUCGUACCUGGAAGAGAUUGACAUCCACAAGGACAUCCAGAAUGCCUUGAGCUCAAACGAGGAAGCCAGCCUGUACUUUGUUGUGCGGGCCUAUGAGUCUCAGAAGGCAGACGAGCUCUCCCUGAACGGCGUCGUCGUGGAGGUGCUCAGAAAAUCUGAAGACGGCUGGUGGCUGAUCCGGUACAACGGCCAUACCGGCUACAUGCCCUCCAUGUGCCUCCAGCCCUACAAGAAUCCUCACCACAAGCUCCAGACUAUCAUAACCUGUGGGCUCAACGUCUCCACCCCAAAUCUCUGCUCUUCCCUGGUGGCUCCCCAGCCCCGGGGCGAGGCCGCAGGACGGCGCAGGGUGCAGGCUUGCUCUGCCCUUCACCAGACCCAAGAGGAUGAGAGUUCUCCAAGAAGCAGAUCGAGGUCUCUGCCCAGGGCCAGCUCCACCCCGGAGCUGGAGUCAGACAGCUUGUCCCUCAGCUCGGGGAGCGGCAGCGAGCGGGACGGCCGCCUGAGCUGGAAGCCUGACUUGUCAAGAUCUCUGCCCGAAGUCGAACAGGCCAGGAGCUCUCCCCUGGGGCACGCCUUGGCCUCACACAGCAGCAAAUCUCCACGCCUCACCCGCCAGGACAGGAACGAUUCGGGCUUUGUGGAGUCAUCUGCAGCCGAUCUAAGUUGCUCCCUCCCUGACCACGACUUGGCCGCUUGUGUCCCCAAGGUGCCCGUGCGCCCCUCGGCCCACGAGAUCCUCCAGAAGUGCAGCACCGUCACCAAGCGAGCCGUGCAGCAAUCCUCUUCCCGGCCGGCACUCCAGGCUCUUCUUCCUCUCCCGAGCGCUCACUAGUGCCCUCGGGGAGGACACGGACCCAGCCACGACCGAGAGCCAGGCACCCUCCUCCCCCAAAGUCCCGCAGGAGCCACGGGCAGCGGCAUGGGGAGUGCCAGGGCUUGGGAUCGUCACCUUCCAAGGAUACGGUUAGAUCCCAACAGAACGUGCGUGGAACGCGCGGCUUCCGUGGGCAACACCGACCCGUGCUGCGGCCAGUCUGGCUGGGGAGCCACGAGGGGCUUUACUGAAGUCAGCGGGAGAGGGUUUAGUGGUUUAACGUAUCAGGGGAGUCACGGCAGCUGCGGCUCUGGCAGCUCCUGCGCCAGUCAGAGGUCACUUCAGAUUCAGUUAAUUUUCCCUCGGGCAGGUAUUUAUCCUGCGGUGCGGUACGUGAAAAUUUCACAAUCCUUCUGGUGUUAGUUCCCAGCCGGGGCCGGCUGGCAGAGUGCUGCAGCCACCCUGAACAGCAGAGCACAGCCCCGACAGCCCCCCCUUGGGAAAUCCAGAGCUACAAUUACUGGGACGGGAUGAUGCAGCCAUGCCAAUGUCAUUUAUCUGAACCCCCUAUCUUUUAUAUAUAUAUAUACAUAUUUUUUUAAGGUUAGAUUAACUUGCGUAGUGGAGAACUGGCCAUCAAAUAUAUGAACUGGCUGGAUCUGCUGAAUGCUGUGAGAACACAAGAACCUGUUGGCUAGGAACCUCGUCUCUGACCAUUCCCUGCAGUGAUGUCUGUGCAGGCACAGGAACAAAAAUGGUGGUAGUAGAGCUUGUUUCCCAACUGGGUAAAGGGGUCAGGGCUCGUUUUUAUGAAUAAAACAUUCCCCUUUCAAGGGGCUCUGAUAGUUACUCAAACUCACAGCAGUUCUCAUCCUAAACUCAUUUGCUAGAAUUGAGUUAGAAAAAUAGUUACAGGAAAACUUAAAGACUUUUAUAUAGAUUGCUCUCUUUAGUUAUUCUCCCAUGUAUCUGUUACUUUUUUUUGAAACAAGCGAUUUAACCAACUUGCGUGGUGUUUAUGUUGUUCUCAAUUUUAUAUGGUUUUGUCUCUAAAAUAAAAGA